AUGAAUGCGGCCGUUGCUGACGUCGUCAGAUUUUUUAUGCUACAAUCUACGUCUCUUUCGCACGAGCUCCAAGAGGUUUUCGCCGAACAGGUUUCAGAUGUUGAGUUCUCUGGGAAUACUGUCAUGACAGCGGAAGAAAUCAAGUCUCUACUCCAUAGGGCCGAGCUUAGAGCAUUGGCAGCGGUCUCUACCGAGUUAAGGCACAUAGCAACUCUUGCAGGCUCGCUGGCUUCCCAAUUAGUUGAGCAAGCAAGCGCUCACGGGAUUGCAAUAGAACCAAAAGUUACCGAGUUAGAGGAGGAAACACGCAUGCAAUUGGUCUCUCAAUUACAUAGCCAGGAUGCCGGGCUCAAACCGGUGCAGGGAAAGCUAGAGCUUAAGCAAAUGCAAGACCCUCAGUCAGCGAAGCAGAUAGCAGAUUUACAGGCCCAGAUAUCUACUCUCGAAAAGGAGCUCACGGAUAAAAUACAGAAUACAUCACAGUACAAAACCCUACAGAAGAUGCUUCAGACAAAAACAGCUGAAAUUGAGGAGCUCGAAUUGCGGGUGAAGGAGCUGAUGGAGGCAAAGAAAUAA